AUACGGGGUGUAACAUUGGACAUGUGACAAACAAUGAAGCUGAUAUUUGUGCAAUAGUGCAAGCUGUGAGAUACUGCAAGAGCAGAAAUCUUGAUAAGAUUUUUAUCGAAACAGACUCACAGCUUAUUCAGAAGAUUUUGGAAGAGGGGUGGAAACCCCCAUGGAAUAUAGCAGUGUGGGUGGAUGAAAUCAGGGAAUUAGUUGGUCACAGGUCGAAAAUCCAUCAGGAGGACCCGAUGAACUAUCAACAGAGCUCAAGGAUCGAGGUGGAAUUUUUCCAAGAUCAACAAGGGUCGUAUACAUACAUGCAGGGCAAAGAAACAACAAAUAUAAGCUAUUUCAGUAAGAAUUCUGGCAAAAAAGGAAAGAUAUCAUUGAAGCUUUACCUAAAGGUGUUGAUGCAUGAAAAUGAAGAACAACGCCACAUCUGGAGGUGCGAAUUAGAAAUGAACCAUCAAGACAAUGAAAUCGGGUCUCUUCAUCAUCUUCACACCAUCGGUGGCGACGAGUUACAGAGAGAAAUGCAGAUGAAGAGAGAGAGGCUACACAUAUAUGUUAGGGUUUCAAUUAGGAAAGUAGUGCAAACGAUUAUGGCUCCAAAGAGAAAGACUACCAACAGUUUAAGGGCAGCUUCCAACGCCAUUCGUCGUGAGGCUAUCCGAGCCAAUUCUGAUCAGACGCCUAUGCCAGAGACUGCUCCAGCUCCGACAGAGAUUCCGGCUCCUCAGACUGGAACAACUAAUGUGGAUGUUGGGAGUGCUAUUGCAAUGCUCACACAGUUAGUAGCUGCUCAGGCCCAGCGUCAGGAAGCGGGGUCUAACUCUGGAAAUCAUGGAGAAUCCUCCAGGGCUAAAGAGUUCUUGAGAAUGAAGCCCCCAGUCUUCUCGGGGACAAAGAAGGAAGAGGACCCUCAAGAUUUCAUUGAUGGUCUUCAGAAGAUUUAUAGAAUGAUGACUGUGACGGAGACAGAAGCAGCUACGUUUGGAGCUCACCAGCUGCAAGGAGUAGCAAAUGCCUGGUACGAGACUUGGGAAUUAUCCCGAGGUAAUGAUGCUUCUGAUGCCACAUGGGAUGAGUUCGUAGAGGCUUUUCUGGACCAUUUUAUGCCUAUUGAGGUCCGAGAAGCCAGAGCUGAGCAGUUCUUGAAGCUCAAACAGAAUGGGAGGACUGUUCAGGAUUACUACUUGGAGUUUAUGAGUCUGGCAAAAUAUGCUACUGAGCUUGUUCCUAACAUGAGGGCCAGAGUAAAGAGGUUUGUCACUGGUCUUGAUUCUCACUUAUAUGAUGGGGCGAAUAUUGCCACCCAGAAUGGAGGUAUGACUAUCGCCAAGAUAUUGGCAUUUGUGCAAGGAAAUGAAACAAGGCUCAAGGAGGAGGAAGCUGUGCAGAAAGAGAAAGACAAAGAGUUUAACAAGAGGGUUAAGUCAACCGGGCAGUUCAGCGGGAAUAGUGGAAAGAACAGAAAAUUCUUCAACAACAGGUCAUCUGGACCCGUUCCUUCAUCAGCCAGUGCUCCAGCUCCUAAGUUCAGAGAGGAGAAGAGAGGAAGCUUUCGAGCGUCAGGCUCACAAUCUAAAGGAAAUUCGAGCAGUCAUGGCUUCCACCCAGUUUGUAAUACUUGUGGGAAGAGACAUUCAGGGACAUGCCGUUCGGGCAUGGAUGGUUGCUUUGGAUGUGGCCAGUCAGGUCACUUUUUGAGAGAUUGUCCAUUUGCUAAGCAGGGUACAGGUGGGACCAUAGCUCAGUCCACCAAUUCGGUUGCAAACAAGAACACUCAGGCUCAGUCAGGUAGAGCCCCAGCGAGAUCAGGGAAUGCAAGUGGAGGUCCAAACCGCUUGUAUGCUUUAGGUGCUCGACAGGAUGCUGAGGGUCGUACCGAUGUUGUCACAGGUACUAUCACCGUUUUCAGUUACGAUGUUUUUGCACUUAUGGACCCAGGAUCCACCCUUUCUUAUGUAACCCCUUUUAUUGCUAAAAAGUUUGGAGUCAAACCAGAACCAUUGUCCAAACCUUUUGAAGUGUCUAACCCUGUUGGUGAGGCAAUUCUAGCCAUAUAUGUAUAUAGGGGUUGUCCGGUGAGAGUGUACCAUAAGUUGACAAUAGCAGACCUUCACGAGUUAGAAAUGGUAGACUUUGAUGUGAUCAUGGGGAUGGAUUGGCUAUAUUCUUGUUAUGCGUCAGUUUGUUGUCGGACCAAAAUAGUCAAAUUUAAAUUCCCAAAUGAGCCAGCCUUAGUUUGGUCCGGUGAUUCAGUAGCACCCAGAGGUCAGUUUAUCUCUUAUCUGAAAGCCCGAAAAAUGAUUUCUAAGGGCUAUAUCUAUCAUCUAGUCCGGGUUAGGGAUGCAGAUACCCAGACCCCGACUCUUCAGUCAGUUCCAGUAGUCAGUGAGUUUUCAGAAGUCUUUCCAGAGGACCUUCCAGGAAUCCCUCCUGAUAGGGAAAUAGAGUUCGGAAUUGAUCUACUCCCUGGCACUAAGCCUAUCUCUAUUCCGCCAUAUAGAAUGGCUCCAGCAGAACUCAAAGAACUUAAGGCUCAGUUAAAAGACCUCCUAGAUAAAGACUAUCGCCAGCUCAAUAAAGUCACUAUCAAGAACAGAUAUCCCCUUCCUAGAAUAGAUGACUUAUUUGACCAACUUCAGGGUGCCCAGUUUUAUUCUAAGAUAGACCUCAGAUCUGGUUACCAUCAGCUUAAGGUCAAGGAAAAAGAUAUUCCUAAGACAGCUUUCAGGACCAGAUAUGGGCACUAUGAGUUUUGUGUCAUGUCUUUCGGGUUGACGAAUGCGCCAGCAGCCUUCAUGGAUCUUAUGAACAGAGUGUUUAAGCCGUAUCUCGAUCUCUUCGUGAUUGUCUUCAUCGACGAUAUUUUAGUAUACUCCCGCAGCGAGUCAGAUCAUGCUCAGCACCUCAGAGUAGUAUUGCAGACACUUAAGGACCGUGAGCUAUUCGCAAAAUUUUCCAAGUGUGAAUUUUGGCUCAAGUCCGUGGCAUUCUUAGGCCAUGUUAUUUUCGGAGAGGGUAUUCGAGUUGAUAACACUAAGAUUGAGGCUGUCAAGAGUUGGCCCAGACCUAUCUCUGUUUCAGAUAUUCGUAGUUUCUUGGGUCUGGCUGGUUACUACAGGCGUUUCGUAGAGGGAUUUUCCUCCAUCUCAGCUCCGUUGACUAGAUUGACUCAGAAGAAGUCUAAGUUUCGGUGGUCAGAUGCUUGUGAGUGCAGUUUCGAGGAGUUGAAAACAAGGUUGACUUCAGCUCCGAUUUUGACCUUGCCGGAAGGGACCGAGGGGUUCGUAGUUUAUUGUGAUGCUUCGGGAGUGGGUCUCGGAUGUGUCUUAAUGCAGCAUGGUAAGGUUGUAGCUUAUGCAUCUCGUCAGCUCAAGGUUCACGAGAAGAAUUAUCCGACUCAUGACCUAGAGUUGGCAGCUGUAGUUUUUGCACUUAAGAUAUGGCGUCAUUAUUUGUAUGGAGUGCAUGUUGAUAUUUUCACAGAUCAUAAAAGCCUGCAGUAUAUUUUCAAGCAAAGAGAGUUGAAUCUUAGGCAGAGAAGAUGGCUCGAAUUGCUUAAGGACUAUGACGUGGAUAUUCUCUAUCAUCCAGGGAAGGCGAAUGUUGUAGCCGAUGCUCUCAGUCGGCGUUCCAUGGGAAGUUUAGCUCAUGUUGAUGCAGAUAAGAAAAUUAUGACCAAGGAAGUCCACCGUUUGGCCAGUCUUGGGGUUCGACUAUUGGACUCCGAGGAUGGCGGUGUGGUUGUUCAGAAUAGAGCCCUUUCCUCCUUAGUCGUUGAAGUUAAAGAGAAGCGGUAUAAAGAUCCCUACUUGUUGCGGUAGAAAAGAGGGAUUCACAAGCAUAAGACGACGGCUUUCGAACAAGGGAGAGAUGACGGAACCUUGAGAUAUCGAGGCGGAUUAUGUGUUCCGGAUGUAGAUGGGCUCGAGAGAGCAAAUUAUGUCGAAGCUCACCACUCCAGGUAUUCCAUUCACCCAGGUUCCACAAAGAUGUAUCACGAUCUUAAGGAGAUUUAUUGGUGGAAUGACAUGAAGAAGAAUGUAGCAGAUUUUGUGGCUAAGUGUCCAAAUUGUCAGCAAGUGAAAGCCGAACACCAGAGCACUGGCUUGGCUCAGAAUAUUGAUAUUCCCGUUUGGAAGUGGGAGAUGAUAAAUAUGGAUUUCGUAACAGGUUUACCUCGUUCAGCUAGGAGGCAUGAUUCAAUUUGGGUGAUUGUGGAUAGACUUACGAAGUCAGCGCACUUCUUACCAGUUAAGACCACAGAUGCAGCGGAGGACUAUGCCAAGUUGUAUCUUCGCGAAAUUGUCAGACUUCAUGGGACUCCAGUGUCCAUUAUUUCAGAUCGUGGUGCUCAAUUCACAGCAAAAUUUGGAAAUCCUUCGAAAGGAUUGGGUUCAAAGGUUAACCUCAGUACAACUUUUCACUCUCGGACAGAUGGCACAGCAGAGCGCACUAUUCAGACCCCCGAGGAUAUGUUGAGGGCAUGUGUCCUUGAUUUCAAAGGUAAUUGGGAUGAUCACCUACCUCUUAUUGAGUUUGCUUACAAUAACAGUUACCAUGCUAGUAUUGGGAUGGCACCGUUUGAAGCUCUUUAUGGGCGGAGGUGUAGAUCACCGAUUGGUUGGUUCGAAGUUGGUGAAGCAGAGUUGUUGGGACCAGAUUUGGUCUAUCAGGCUAUGGAAAAGGUCAAGUUAAUUCAAGAGCGUUUGAAGACGGCUCGUCGCCAGAAGUCUUACACAGAUGUGAGACGGAGAGAUUUAGAGUUUGAAGUUAAUGAUUGGGUAUUUCUUAAAGUCUCGCCUAUGAAGGGUGUCAUGAGGUUUGGUAAGAAGGGGAAACUUAGUCCCCGCUAUAUUGGACCAUACAGAAUUCUGCGAAAAGUUGGUCUAGUAGCUUAUGAGCUUGAAUUGCCACAAGACUUGGUUGCCGUACACCCAGAAGUCCCAGUGAAAAUCCUUGAUCGUCAGGUUCGCAAGUUGAGAACUAAAGAGGUAGCCUCAGUAAAGGUUUUGUGGAGAAGUCAGAAAGUUGAAGAGGCUACAUGGGAAGCCGAAGAAGACAUGAAGUCCAGAUAUCCCUAUCUCUUUGAAGAAUCAGCAGAAAACGGUGAAGGUAUUGUACUUCCCCUCUCAGAUCCUUCCUUCUAUAGUUUCCACAUUAUCAGUAUUCAGCCUGUUAGACAGGUGGUGGGAGAAAUAGAAAGCACUCAAAAUCUCAAAUCUGAAGGAGACAAGAGUGAACAAGUUGAAAAUAAAAGUUGGAGGGAGAGGGAAGAAGGAGAUCAGGAUAUUCAACUUUCUUCUCAAAAGAAAAGAAAAGUGGUGUUAAAUGAGGAACCUGGUUCUUCCAAAAGACAAAAAGGUAAAGACAAUCUGCAGCAACAGAAGGUUCUUUUCGGGAGAAUUCUCGAUGUAAGCCUACAGGAGGUAUCUGGGAUGAAAGAGUUAAUGGAGAUGGUGAAAUUUCAAGGAUAG